AUGUCAGACAUUAUCUGUCAGUGGCUGAAUUCAGAGCUCCGGCUGUCAAAAGUCGUCGAGCCGCAUUCAUUUGCCAGGGAUUUUUCAAACGGUUAUCUGAUAGGAGAGAUCCUCUACAGAUAUGAGCUACAAGACGAUUUCCAUCUGUUCUCAAAACAGAACACAUCGAAUGCCAAGCUAAAUAACUUCACUCGCAUUGAGCCCACCCUGCAGCUGCUGACCGUGCCCUUUGAUCUGACCAUGGCUAAAGCGGUGAUGCUGGGCAGGCAUGGAGCGGCCACUCGCCUGCUAUACCAACUCUACAUACUCCUGCAGAGAAAGAAGAGAGCAGGCCUCACUGCCACAGCCAUGGAGGUCAUGCAGCCUGCAGCCACGGCCCGCCUACACCGCAUAGAGAACAGCAUCUACACUGAGCGCUUGAAAACAGUGGUAAAGCGUGAGGCAGAUCUGAAGAUGCAGAAGAUCGCGAAGCGCUUUCAUAAAAGAGGGCAAGAAAUGUUCAGCCGCUCAGUGAUGACUGAACUGCUGAAAGAGGAGGACCGGCUCAAACGCCAGGAGGAGAGAAGACUGAGGGACAUAGAAAAGCACCGGCAGGCACGCAGAAAACAGAAUGAGAUUAUGAUUCAGAUCCAGUCGGCUGUAGUCCAGAUCCCAAAACCUCCACACAUUCGCACGUCAAGAGCUUCAGAGAAACAACACCAAUUUCGCAAAAAGCAAGAAGCUCAGCAUGUUCAUCGUGAGAUAGCACAGUUUGAGAAAAAAAAGAAGACCACUUCUCCUGCUGAAGGUGGAGCCUUGCUCUUCAGUGGCCGUGUGACACAGCCGAUGAGUACAGGAGACAAAGCUCAGUGGAACAAGGAGUACAUCGAGAACAUCCGUCAGCGAUUGGAGGAAGACGCCACUGCGCGGGAACAGAGAGAGAUGAGACGCCGCCGAGCACUAAUGGAGCAGCUCCAGGCUCACGAGGCUCAGCAGGAGGCAUUGCGAGAGGAACAAAUGGUCAGCCGACUGAUGCGCCAGACUCAGCAGGAAAAGAGGAUCACCGUUCAGCUGAUGCAGAUUAAACAGCAGAAAGAGGUGCUUCGAGAAAACCGCAUCUUCCAGGAGAGACAAUACCAGGAACGCCGCCAACGAGACUUUCAAGAGGCCUUGGACAGAGAAGCUGUUCUUGCUCAGCAGGAGCGUCUGGAGCGCAGCGAACAGCUCAGGAUAGAGCAUGAGCUGCACAAGCAGCUGGCUGAAGAGCGCGCUCAAGCUCGAUAUCAGAAGCACUUUGGCAUCUGCAGGGACAUUCUGGGACAAAUUGUUGAUCUGGCAACCAAAGCUGGAGAAUAUCGACUCCUCACGGCCAAUCUGAUACCAGUGAAGCUGAUGCAGGAGUGGAUGGAGCUGUUUUUCAGUGGGAAGCCGCUGUAUGAAGUGGCCUGUGUGGAUCCUAAACCUACUGAACCCACACCGGAACAGAUCAUUGAGCUGGAGAAACUCCAGAUACUCAACAAUCAAGACUACGAUGAGUAUGUGGCCAUGAAGGGCGAGUGGGCUUUGGAUGAAGAAACCGAGAGACAAACCAAUCCAGGGAAUAGUGAUAUUCUGGAUCAUGUGUUGAACCGUCUGCGGAAUAUGAUUGUCCCACCCACCGUCAGCACUCCUCCUCCGCGGUUUCCCCGUUUCAUCAUCAGGGCAUGCAUGCUGGGAAAAACCUUCUCUGGCAAAACCACCUGUCUGUCCAGGAUCAGCAGCACUCUUGGCAUCCAUGUGCUCUCAGCCAACACUUUGAUCCAGGACGCUUUAUCAGCCUAUCAGCAGGAAAAACAGGCUGCAAGCGAAAGCCAGAAUGAGAAUAUCAUGGAGAGAAAUAUUUCUCCGACAGAACAUGCUGAACAGCCUCAGAAAGAUGAGGAGACAUCCUCUCCUCUAGAAUCAGAACCACCGCCUCAUGAGAUAUCUGGACUUCAUGAAAAAGAGGACAAAGAAAAAGUUAAAGCAAUCCCAAAGUGGUCAUUGCGAGCACAGUACGGUGCAGCAGUAGAGAAAGUUCUGAGGACAGGCCAAGCUGUUCCUGAUCAGCUUCUGGUGGACAUCAUUGUGGAUGCUAUCAGAAACAUUCCUGCUGAUAGUGGCUGGAUUCUUGAUGGGUUCCCGGUGGACAUCAGUCAGGCUCAAAUGCUGGAGAAAGCUCUAAACAUGACUGAACUUGAUGAAACAAAAACACAAAAUAAUUUAUCCACAAACAAAAACGCCCCUAAAGAUGGAGCUCCUCCAUCCACUGCACUAGAUGUAGUGGUGCUGUUAGACGUUUCAGAUGAGCAGGUUCUGGAGCGAGCCACACCUCAGGCUCCUGAGGGAACACAGAUAGUGGACAGGGAAAACAUAAAGCAGGAGAAAGACAGCAGUGAUGCUACAGAGGAAAACACAAGCAUACCAGAUCUGAAUACACAAGAUCCUGAAUCCUUGUCUCAUGACAAAAGCCUGGGGAGAAAACAAAUACAGUUCAGAAUCAGUGGCUUUCAUGAAACAUGGCCAAAACUGGAGAAGUGGUUUGGUGACCAGCAGAAUAUUCUUGUGAAAGUCACAGCAGAUGUGGACGAGGACACUCUCUUCAGUAACGUGAAGACCGUUCUGAGGGACACCAUUGAGUCUGUUGAAAAAGGAGCAGCUCUGGCUGACUCCAGGAGAGCUUCAGUGACCUCCACACCUGAAAAGACCCGUCCAGAAAGUGCCUGCUCUUCCAAAUCUUCACGAGCUACCCCAAAAUCUCCUAGAAGAAGCUUUGCGCAGGAACCUUUACCCAAGGAGGUCCCAGAAUAUCUCGUGCCAUACUGGGAGAACGUCUGUAGUUCAUAUGUAACUAAUGUCAAAACAGUGAUGCAGAAUCUCCGUGGUGAACGUGAGCUCAUCAUCCAUCACCUUUACAACAUCCGGGAGAACUUCAGGCAGUAUCUACAGAAGCCCGAUCUGAAGCAGGAGUUUGUUAGCUCAUGGCAGCGAGAUUAUAACAGUGUUCCUGACAACAUCAGAGAGGACGAGGAGACCAAAGGAGAGCUUCAUCAAAGGCUGGAUGACCUGCGCGAGCGUCUAUGGGACAUCUGUGAUAAGCGUAAAGAAGAGGCAGAGCAGGAGAAAGCAGGUGUCAUUCAUGAUGGCUGGUUAGAUGAUCACACUGCUGUACUAAUCAACAAUUAUUCUGCAUUGAUGCAGAUAGAAGUGGGCCGCUUUCAGGACUGUGUGUGUCUGCUGAAAGAUUAUUAUUCAGCGAUGAGUAAAACAGCGUUUGAAUCCAUACGUGGCUUUGCUCGUGUCCCAUUGCUUGACAUCACCGCUGAUCAGCAUGUUAAUCCAGAUGAGUCAAAAAUCACUGAAUCUGCUCCGUCAGAGAAAUCUAUAAAGAAUGCUGAGGAAAAAGACUCUGAAAUUGUGGACAGGAAGAAAACGAAAGUGUUUCCACUGGUUUCCUGCAGAUCUCCAACUUCUGAGAUCCUCAAACAGGCCUUGCAUCAGGCUGAUGAGAACCUGCUGCAGGAGUUCUUCCAGACAGCAUUCACCCUCUUCAGGAGCAUGGUGUCUGCAGAGACCCGGCAGUGGGAUGAAGAAGAAGUUGAUGAAGAGCAGAAGCAGAUGGAGGCACAGAAAGCUCAAACUUUGACCUCUGCUACAGACGUAAGGAAAGCAGGAAAACAAAAAGGUGCUCCACCUCCUCCUCCUCCAGAGCCCAGUCCUCAACCUGCUGCGAGGAACCCAGAGGAGCUCAAGAAGAGAGCAGAGAAGAAACGAUUCAAACAGGAGCUCUCAGCUGCACUCAAACCUGAAGAAAAUGCAGUGAAGCAGCGUUUGGAGCUGGUGAAGGCUCAUGGACUAAGAACAGUCAUCAGUCUGCAGCACAAAGCAGAACAGGUCUAUGGGAACAUGGAGGAGUGGAUGAAAGCCCGCUAUCUGGCUGAAAUGAAAAGUAUCGACCAGCUGACAGAUUUGGUGCGGCAGCACAUUGAGACUGGAGUUCAGAUCCGUCAUGAGCUGGUUCUGCAGAGCACUGAUUUCUGUGUGGAUGGAGACACGCGUGUGCUCUUGAGUCCAGAGCUUGCUCUGCGCCGAUCUCUGCUGGAGCAGCCCAAAAACAGCACACUCACAGUACAACAGCUGCACGUCCUCUGCACACAGUUGCACAAGAUCGCCCCUACAGGUCUGAUGUGUAGAAGUGAACUGACUGAAGCUCUACACCAAUUAACCUCUGUUCACAUGGGUACUGAUGUCCUUCCUGAGGCCUGGAUGCACAUCACUCCUUCACAGGUUGAGGAGCUGGUGUGUAUAUUAGCUCAGGACUCUGAGAUGUUGGACUGGCGUCAGUUUCUACUCAGUGCUGCUCUGCCGUGGCCAUUUCCCACUCAGACUCAGCUGAUAAAAACCCUCCAGCGCUACAGAGACAUCGACACAGCGGGAACCGGACUCAUCACACAAGAACAAUAUGAACAGGUUGAAUUAUGGUUUCCCAGUGAACAAGAUCCUUCUGUCCCUGAUGACCCAACUGAACCCGUGCCCUAUGACAGAUUGGCCAACCUUAAAAAGUUUUUCUUCAGUCUGUUUGCAAGCACACACUCCUCACCGCUGCUGCUGGACUAUCUGAUGAUGCUGCUGUAUUUCUGCUGCCAUCCUGAAGCAGCUCAGGGCUUCACCAGAGCACUCGGCCUCGUCAUCGGACACACACUGCACUACAAACACACCACUCCACUCACACAGUCUGUGCCGUGUAUGGAGGGCGCUGGAGUUGUGGAGUGUGAUGAUGCUGGUGCUGAAAAUGAAGAGGAACAGCACAGAGGGGUGGAGUCUAAGGAAGUGGGCGUGUCUGUUGAUGAUGUGCUCAGAGUUUUGAGUCAUGGAGAGGAUCUCGUCUCACAUCUGAACCGCUUCCAGCCUGUCCGCAGGAGCAGUGAUGAACUUCGAGAGGAGCUGCUGAAGGUGUUUAAGGAGUUGGGUUUCAGUGUUGAAGAGAAGAUUCCUUUCUUUACACUAUCCCAGCAUCCCUUUCUGCAGGACCUGAUGGAAGGAUCCUCACAGUAUCUGCUUCAUGACAUUCACAAAAUUUUCCAGACCAGACAAACUGAAGAUUCGAGAAGUUUCUCAACAUGAUGAACACAUAAAACAACAGAACACACACCAACACCUGAAUAAUAGAAGGUACACGCUAGUAGAAUAAUAAGUGUGAGACGACAUUAAAUGUAUAUUUGGUAUAUGAAUAGUCUUGUUUUACAUAAUUUACAUCGAAAUUCAUCAUGAAAACACACAGAACAGUGAUUUGCAGAGAUUUACUAUUGUUGAGAUUUUCUAAAUGUGUUUUCUGUUGUGGAGACAUCUGAUUUGUAGCUGUGUAUUCUUGUCUCGUAUUACAGCAGUUCUGUCAAAUCAAUCAAUAUACUGUAUUUGUGUAGAAGCUUUAAUAUGAUCCUUUACUAAGGACAACGCUGAAUAAUAAAUCUAUGUAAAAUCAACAUGAAACAUCAACA